GCGUGGGCCGGGGGGAGCGCUGUGCUGUCAAGCUUUGGGGGGCGCGGAGCGGGGCGGGCAGCACCCGGGCCUGCGGCACCCAGUCGCCGUUCCCGGUGCUCGCUCGCCCGCUCCCCCUCGUCUCUGGGUCUGCCUCGUCCGCCGCCGUGCUCCGGGCGGCUGCUGCGCGGGGCCCUCCCCGCUCUCCGUCCGGCUGUCCCUCCCUCUCAUCUCUCCCGGCCGGGGAGGCGCUGCCCCGCACGGCGCCCGGCUGCUCUCGCCGGGGCUUUCAUCUCUCCCGGGUGGUGCUAACGACCCGCGGUAACGGGCACAGAAUAGACGAGUUUACUCGUUCGCUGGCUGUGGGGCGCUGGGCGGGAGCAGCGGCCAGCGUCCCCUUCCGUGGCCCGGGCAGAGCUCCCUGAACUGGACGGCUCCUCGGCUGCCCGAAGCCGCGGAGAGAGGCUGCCCGCCGCCUCCACGCCGAUGCUCUCUGAGUUUCUCUCAGCCGGCGAUCUCUGCGGAGUUCCCGUCGCUCGGUCUGGGGUACUCUCACUUCAGAAGAACCGGGGAGUAACUCCAAGUGUAGCUGUCCCAGGGGAUGGGCGCGUUGCCAAGUUUAGGUUCCUAUCCAGCUCCACACGGUUGGCUUGCAAUCAGCUUUGCUAAUUCUUCUAGAGAGUUAACUUUGCCAUCAGAAAUGGAGUACAGGACUCAGCUACCACAUCCUGAGUGACCGAAUCCUUUAAUACAAAAUGGAGAAGAAGCGUAGAAAGAAAUGAGCCUGUUUAUAAGGCUUUACCUCAAAAGACCAUGAAAUCUCUACUUACUUUGGGCACAGCUUUAAGAAUAUCCACUUCAUCAGCACAGUGAAAGCAACGUUUACUGAAGUAAAAAUGAACUAGUUUAUAAAGAAAAAAAAUUGUGAUUUGAAUAUAUGGAAUUUUUGGAAUGAAACCAUUUUCUUCUAUGACCAUGAAGUUUGCAAACAUCUGGUUUGUUCUGGUUGUUAUUUUACUCUGUGGCAAAAAACACUUCAGUACCAGACUAGGGAAUUCCUCUCAUGAGGCUCACAUAUGUCCCGGAUGUUCCCGCCUUACUUUAAAAGUGGAAUUCACUUCGACAGUCGUGGAGCAUGAGUAUAUUGUGGCUUUUAAUGGAUACUUCACAGCUAAAGCUAGAAGUAAAUUUAUUUCAAGUGCACUAAAAAGUAGUGAUAUUGAGAACUGGAGGAUUGUACCUCGCAACAACCCAGCCAGUGACUAUCCUAGUGAUUUUGAAGUUAUUCAGAUCAAUGAGAAACAGAAAGAUGGAGUACUGACACUGGAAGAUCACCCAAACAUCAAGCGUGUAACACCUCAGCGGAAGGUCUUCCGAUCACUCAAAUAUUUGGAGUCUGAUCCAAUGUUGCACUGCAAUGAAACCAGAUGGACUCAAAAAUGGCAGUCGUCUCGUCCCUUGAGAAGAGCAAGUCUUUCUUUAGGUUCUGGCUUCUGGCAUGCAACAGGUCGACACUCAAGCAGGCGUUUGCUGAGAGCUAUCCCGCGCCAAGUUGCUCAGACCUUGCAGGCAGAUGUCCUCUGGCAGAUGGGUUACACAGGUGCUGGUGUAAGAGUAGCAGUGUUUGACACUGGUCUGAGUGAGAAACAUCCACAUUUCAAAAAUGUAAAGGAGAGAACAAACUGGACUAAUGAGAGAACCUUGGAUGAUGGUUUAGGCCACGGGACUUUUGUAGCAGGUGUGAUAGCCAGCAUGAGAGAAUGCCAGGGAUUUGCUCCAAAUGCAGAACUGCACAUUUUUAGAGUGUUCACCAAUAACCAGGUCUCCUAUACAUCUUGGUUUCUGGAUGCCUUUAAUUAUGCAAUUUUAAAGAAGAUAGAUGUAUUGAAUCUAAGUAUUGGUGGGCCAGACUUCAUGGAUCAUCCGUUUGUUGACAAGGUGUGGGAACUGACAGCUAACAACGUCAUCAUGGUCUCUGCUAUUGGCAAUGACGGCCCUUUGUAUGGGACUCUCAAUAACCCUGCUGACCAGAUGGAUGUAAUUGGAGUAGGUGGCAUUGACUUUGAAGAUAAUAUAGCUCGCUUUUCAUCUAGGGGAAUGACCACUUGGGAGCUGCCUGGAGGUUAUGGUAGAGUGAAGCCUGAUAUUGUUACUUACGGCUCUGGAGUGAGAGGUUCUGGUAUGAAAGGUGGAUGCCGCUCGCUCUCUGGGACAAGCGUAGCAUCUCCUGUGGUGGCAGGUGCUGUUACUUUGUUAGUGAGCACAGUUCAGAAGCGUGAAAUGGUGAAUCCAGCAAGUAUGAAGCAGGCACUUAUUGCAUCAGCACGUAGACUUCCUGGAGUCAACAUGUUUGAACAAGGACAUGGCAAGUUGGAUCUCCUGAGAGCUUAUCAGAUCCUCAACAGCUAUAAACCACAGGCCAGUUUGAGUCCAAGCUAUAUUGACUUGACAGAAUGUCCCUACAUGUGGCCCUAUUGUUCUCAGCCCAUAUAUUAUGGAGGGAUGCCAACCAUUGUUAAUGUUACUAUCCUUAAUGGUAUGGGAGUCACUGGGAGAAUUGUAGACAAGCCAGACUGGCAACCCUAUCUUCCCCAAAAUGGGGAUAAUAUCGAAGUGGCUUUCUCCUAUUCCCCUGUAUUGUGGCCUUGGUCUGGAUACUUAGCAAUUUCCAUCUCUGUAGCAAAGAAAGCAGCAUCUUGGGAAGGCGUUGCUCAAGGUCAUGUUAUGAUCACAGUAUCAUCCCCUGCAGAAAAUGAAUCUAAGAACGGUGCAGAGCAGACUUCAACGGUGAAGCUUCCAAUAAAAGUGAAGAUUAUUCCUACUCCACCUCGUAGUAAGCGAGUCCUCUGGGAUCAAUAUCAUAAUCUCCGUUAUCCACCAGGAUACUUCCCCAGGGAUAAUUUGAGAAUGAAGAAUGACCCGUUAGAUUGGAAUGGUGACCAUAUCCACACAAACUUCAGGGACAUGUACCAGCACCUAAGGAGCAUGGGGUACUUUGUUGAGGUUCUUGGUUCACCAUUUACAUGUUUUGAUGCAAGUCAAUAUGGGACUUUACUGAUGGUAGACAGUGAGGAAGAGUAUUUUCCUGAAGAGAUCACCAAGCUGAGGAGGGAUGUUGAUAAUGGACUUUCACUUAUAGUGUUUAGUGAUUGGUACAACACAUCCGUGAUGAGAAAAGUCAAGUUUUAUGAUGAAAACACAAGGCAGUGGUGGAUGCCCGAUACUGGAGGUGCUAAUAUACCAGCUCUCAAUGAUCUGCUUUCUGUCUGGAAUAUGGCCUUUAGUGAUGGGCUGUAUGAAGGUGAUUUUACCAUGGCAAAUCAUGAGAUGAAUUACGCAUCAGGAUGCAGUAUUGCAAAGUUUCCAGAAGAUGGCAUUGUCAUUGCACAGACUUUCAAGGAUCAAGGUCUUGAAGUUUUAAAACAGGAGACUGCUGUAAUUGAAAAUGUCCCUAUUUUGGGACUUUACCAAGUUCCUUCUGAAGGUGGUGGCAGAAUUGUUUUGUACGGCGACUCUAAUUGCUUGGAUGACAGCCAUCGACAGAAAGAUUGCUUUUGGCUCCUGGAUUCCCUCCUGCAGUACACUUCUUACGGGGUGACGCCACCAAGUCUCAGCCAUUCCGAAAACAGACAGCGACCGCCAUCGGGAGCUGGCUACUCUCUCCCCGAGCGGAUGGAAGUUGCAGGUAACCAUUUGCAUCGAUACUCAAAGGUGCUCGAGGCUCACUUGGGAGACCCUAAACCCCGGUCCCUUCCUGCUUGCCCUCACCUGUCCUGGGCCAAACCACAGCCUUUGAAUGAAACUGCCCCCAGCAAUCUUUGGAAACAUCAAAAGUUACUGUCAAUUGACCUUGAUAAAGUGGCUCUGCCCAGUUUUCGACAGAACCGACCCCAAGUGAGACCACUGUCCCCUGGAGAAAGUGGAGCAUGGGACAUUCCUGGAGGUAUAAUGCCUGGCCGGUACAACCAGGAUGUAGGACAGACUAUUCCGGUCUUUGCUUUUCUUGGUGCCAUGGUGGUUCUGGCAUUCUUUGUGGUGCAGAUCAACAAAGCGAAGAGCAGGCCAAAGAGACGGAAACCACGAGUGAAACGACCGCAGCUUAUGCAACAGGUUCAUCCACCAAAGACGCCUUCUGUGUGAAAGCUCUCGCUUGCCAAAGAUGACCUCCUUUUACUGGUUGCUUUCCUGGGCAAUCGAUUGCUCCCAGUGAAGGUGCCAUGAAUGCGACACUGAUCCUACUAGUAAUUCACACCUGACAUCAUCUCAUAGUCUUUGGUUUCUGGAGAGAAAAAAAAAAAAGGACCUCAGUUGAUCGUCUGUACAUAAAACUGCAGCUUUAAGCAGCCAAAGCCACCAAAGACUUGAAUACUGUUUAAAUGGCUGCUUAGUCACUACAUAUCCCAAGAGGGGGAAAGUGGACCUUUUUUUUAAGCUGACCAAACUAAAAUUUAUUUGUUUAGAGGCUAUUUUCUAUAUUUAUUGUUGGGGAGGGCGGGGGGAAAAGUCACUUUAAGGACCUCUGCUAAGGAAAAACAAGUGCAUUUUUUUGGAUGGAAUGCAAUUUUCUAGAACGGUAUUAUGCUGAAGAUUAUAACGUACACCAUUAAAGGAGAGAGGGGGCAAGAGAGACCAGUACAAAUUGGUGAGACAUACUCCUGCAGUUUAUUUUUAUAAAGCCAACUACCAUGAUGUUUUGUAAUUUUUGGUCAUGAUUUCACCGUUGUUGGUGAAGCAGAUUUUCAAUAAAUAUGUUAUCUAUAUGAAGCU